CUUAAUUAUCGCUAUCCCUAACCCCAAAACCCUCGGCUGUGCAAAACCAACAACCCUUCAUCUUUUCCUCCUUUCUCUGGCCUUCAACGGCAUCAUUUCAAUUGGCAAACGCCUCUAGCCGUAUCUCGCAAGGAUAGCGUGGGUCGUUUUAAUAAGACAACUACUGGAUUGUUCGAGAUUAUUAUCAUCUUGUUGACCCUGUUAUUCCAUAGAGGACCGGAGGCUAUCUGAUGAGCAGGUGAAUUCUGAUUCGUGUUCGAAGUUAAAAAAUGAAAACGGUCAGAGUUUGCAUUUCUCAUGAAAUGUUGGGAUGGGUUACAUUGGUGAGAAGAUAUUGUUCCAGCGAAACAACAAGGGAUGUUUUAGUUACUAGCAAAAAAUUUUGUAAAAUCCUGUCUUCUUCUUCACCAGUGGUGCUUGAUACUGCUCUUGAUCAAAGUGGGCUAAGGGUUUCGCCUGAAGUAGUGGAGGAUGUUCUUAAGCGGUUCGAGAAUGCAGGUAUUGUAGCUUAUAGAUUCUUUGAAUGGGCCGAGAAGCAGCGCAGUUAUAUGCAUAGUGUUAGGGCUUAUCAUACCAUGAUUGGAUCUUUGGCUAAGAUUAGGCAGUAUCAAAUCAUGUGGAAUCUUGUGAAUGCGAUGAAGAGCAAGAGCAUGUUGAAUGUCGAGACGUUUUGUAUUAUUAUGAGGAAGUAUGCAAGGGUUCAGAAAGUGGAUGAAGCAGUUUAUACUUUUAAUGUCAUGGAUAAGUAUGGCAUGCAACCGAACUUGGCAGCGUUCAACGCCUUACUAAGUACUUUAUGUAAGACCAAGAAUGUGAGGAAAGCACAGGAGAUUUUCGAUGAUAUGAAAGAGCGAUUUGUUCCGGACUCAAAAACUUAUAGUAUUUUGCUCGAAGGAUGGGGCAGGGCCCCAAAUUUGCCCAAGGCUAGGGAGAUCUACAGAGAGAUGAUUGAUAUGGGUUGUGCCCCAGAUAUUGUGACCUAUGGUAUAAUGGUUGAUGUUCUCUGCAAAGCAGGCAGAGUGGAUGAAGCAAUUGCAAUUGUUAGGGAAAUGGAUUCCAAUGGUUGCAGACCAACUUCAUUUAUAUAUAGUGUUUUGGUCCAUACUUAUGGUAUAGAAAACAGAAUUGAAGAUGCCAUUGAUGCAUUCCUGGAGAUGGAAAGAAAUGGAAUCAAGGCUGAUGUGGUCGUGUAUAAUGCUCUGAUUGGUGCUUUUUGUAAAGUAAACAAAUUAAAGAAUGUAUAUAGGGUCUUAAAUGAGAUGGAUUCUAAAGGUGUGGAACCAAAUGCUAGGACUUGUAAUAUCAUUCUCAACAGCUUGAUAGGUCGCGGAGAGACGGAUGAAGCUUUUAAGGUGUUCCGCAGGAUGAUUAAAGAAUGUGAACCAGAUGCAGAUACCUAUACAAUAAUGAUAAAGAUGUUCUGUGAGAGAGAUGAGUUAGAAAUGGCGUUUAAAGUGUGGAAGUUCAUGAAAUUGAAGCGGUUUAUCCCAAGCAUGCACACAUAUUCAGUUCUCAUAAAUGGAUUAUGUGAGAAAGGAAAUGCUGCUAAGGCUUGUGUCCUAUUAGAAGAGAUGCUGGAAAAAGGCAUUCAGCCCUCGGGCCCGACAUUUGGGAGGUUAAGGCAAUUGCUUGUAAAAGAAGGGAGAGAGGAUGUACUUAAAUUUCUUCAGGAGAAAAUGAACCUCCUGAUUAAGGAGCCUUUAUUUGAUUGAAGAAUUUCGCCUUUUUAGUCGUUGAUAGUGCUGGAGAUAUGGAAUUCAAAUACCUGAUUAUCACAUGGAAAUAAGAGUACAGAGAAAUUUGUGUAGGUCUGAAAUUGAUAUCUCCGUGGAAAUGAAGCGAAUUUUUGAGACACUUCAAUAUUGUUUGAAGCACAAUAGGGAGCAUAUGCAGCAGCAAGCAGAGGAGUAACAAGCAAGUUCGGUUUAACUUGUGUCGAUGGACUCUAGAAACUGAUGAAGAUGGAGGAAGAGGAUUGGCACUGGUUUUUUGGGCGUACAUAUUGAUAUCAUGCAAGGCUGAGCGCAAGUUCGGGCUCCCUUGAUGCCACGGCUUCUUUCAUGAGGUAAAUGAACUAAUCAGCCCUCUUGGUGCGAGGAUUUUGCUAAUUUCUUUUGUUCGAUGUUGAAGAAAUCCGUCCUUGAGGGAGUCUGGGGACUUCUAGGUUAGGUAGAUUUGUGAAAUCUAUAUUUAAGAAGUCUGCCACCCUGAUUAUCUGAUCUUCUCACAAGAAAGAACAAGAGCUUAAGAGUGUUCAUUGAGAUCAGGUGAGUACAUGAUAUUAAGUGUACGUGAUGUUUAGGGAAUUAAGACUUGCGAUGAGUCUAAUUCCGAUAAUAGAUGACAUGAGUACAAGAAUAUAAGUAUAGUAUGAUAUGGUAUUUAUGAGUACUUGAGUAUGAUCAUGUAGUAAUGUGGUGCUAGAUGUAUAUGAGUAAAU